GGUGCGCAUGAUGAGAGCGAGGUGAAGGAAGGAGAUGAGCUACAUUCUAACGACGCUGACGAAGAAGCGGGAGGUGGACGCCAUCAUCAGAGACACCAUCGACAAGGUCCUGGUCCUUCGAUUCGGCAGAUCUUCCGAAGCCCAAUGCCUACAGCUCGAUGAUGUCCUUGCAAAAUCAUCACGGGAAGUUUCCAAGUUUGCGACCAUAGCUCUAGUAGAUAUAGAUUCGGAGGAGAUUCAAGUAUAUGUUAAGUAUUUCGACAUUACUUUGAUACCAUCGACAGUUUUCUUCUUCAAUGCCCAUCACAUGAAGAUGGAUUCUGGGACUGCAGAUCACACCAAAUGGAUUGGCUCUUUUCACAGGAAACAGGAUUUCAUUGAUGUGGUAGAGGCAAUAUUCAGAGGGGCCAUGAAAGGCAAGCUGAUUGUUAGCUGCCCCCUGCCACCUGAGAGGAUACCGAAAUUCCAGCUUUUAUUCAAAGAUGUGUAAUCAGCAGAUAGGAAUCAUGGGAUACAAUGAUUCCAGCAGACAGGUUUUCAAUUCUGAUAAGUGGGGCCCAUGCUUUGGUAAUUCGUACUACUGGUCUCUGUGUUCUACCGUGAAUCGGAUCAUGCCUAAAAAAGGUCCCCGCAAUAGGACAAUCAUAACAUUUUGAGAUUGUGGCCUACAACCAGAGAGGUAGAGAAAUGCAGCAGUGUACACAUUCAACUGAAGGAAAAAAGAAAGAAAGAAAAGAAAUCCGAAGAUUGGUGGCUAGGAUGGGGAGAUUUUUGGGUCAUUGUCCAUCCACGUGGGAUGCACAGAACAGUGGUUGUCGGAAUCGAAAACUUGGGCUUUUUAAUACCUAGGGAAUGUAUCAUCAAACAAUGUUAUAAGCAUAUUCAUCUAAUUAGAUACUAAGGUUGUUUGAAUGCUA